AUGGACCCGACUUACAGCUCGAGGGCGCGCGGAAGCUUUGGCCAUGGCUUUUCCUUGCCAUUGAGCCAUACGUCCUCUAUAUUUUCGAGGGACCAUGUUGAAUGUGAGACGUCCGUCGACCUUCUCGAAGCUGGUGAAGCUUCAUGUGGUGGCGCGCGAGCCCGCAAGCCGGGUUACUUCUACCAGAGUGAAUCGAACGCCGCCGGAUACGUUAUGGAUGAUAGCUACAGUGCAAGGAAAGAGACAGGAUAUCGUGAAGGUCCCGCCGGGGUGUUCGAGCAGAUUAGACAGGCGACACGUGUGUGGCUGACCUUGGCAGCGUGUCUGCUCCUUCUGUUUGUGGCGGGGUCGACCCUUUCCCACUGGACCUCAAACAGCUCCACAGUCACUGAACCGAGAACAGCUAUUCAAGAUAUACCUUCGGUAAACAAUGGCUUUAGCCAUUCCAGCCCUCACAGACAAAUCCCUCCAUCGGCCCAUUCUCACUGGGGUGGACACGACGACAGCCACGCGGCGCUCCACGCCGCUCUCGGGAGACGCGUUUAUAUUCAUCAAGAAACGCCAAGCUACGCAAGGCACGAGAGAGCAGACUUUGAAGCCGACAUCAUGAAGCAGCAUCCGGACGACCACUCGUUUGUUGAUGUAUGGGAUGGAGAGGAACAUCAUGACCUCCAUCUUUCUAGAGGUAUCGACGGUCUCCAAACGCCUCUGUAUCGUCUUCCGUUCGUUGAGGGUCAACACAACGAGACGCAUGUUGUCGGAGUUCACACGAGCCCCCUAGAGGUUCCCAAGCGUCUGUUUGUCGCUGGCGGCCCAAGACUGGGGAGCUGGAUUGGCGGCAGCUACGAUAUGAUGGUCACCCGGGACGGACGGCCGAAGCCGCUCCUCGUUCACGGAAGACUUGUAUGGAAGAGAGAGGUGAAAACGGAGGCCGCUCGUGGUACAGAUGCGUCCGCUUCCAAAUCGAUGUAUCUGUUCUAUGACCACACACACCAUACCUGGGUAUUCAACGGCGACAUGAACUUCAAGAGGCCUGCACCUUUGGCUUUCCUGCCUCAUGGUGCUUUACUGCCUGUGGUGAGGCAAAAGCAGCUCGCCCAUCCCUCCGACUUUGAGGGAGGAGACGCGGAGAAGCGUGACGAAAAGCGGUAUACUGCGUACCUGAAGCAUGGCGUGCCGAGGAGCGUUCACUGGGUAGUCCGUGAACCGAUUCCAGAAGCAUCGAACGUAACUAACGGCGGCGUGGCCGCAGAAGCAGGCCCGACAGUGGAUGCGUCUAUCCGCGUUAUAGGCCAUCCGGAACACACCGCGCCCGAAGACUUCUUUGAGCUUUCGCUUCAGAAGGUCUUCCAUUCACCAGAGGAUGAUGUGGGAGACGAAGAAGAGAGUUCGGAAGAUGACGAAUACCUCGAGGACGAGGAUGAUCUGGAUCACCACGGAAUUCAUGGCGAGUACGAAGAUGAAGACGAAGAAGGGCUGGAAAGGCUGUUUGUCCCCGAAGGCACACGCACCCGGCAACAAUACCUGACUCACUCUCAAACUCACGUCUACCAUACGUUCGAUGAGAUGCACUCACAUUUUGACCAUAAGGGAAUCACAGAAGAUCCUAUUGCGUACCUCGAAUCCUACGGUCAUCCGGACGUCGACACACUCGAGCGCCAAUUUGGCGACGACACAACGGCCGUCCCACAUCCCCUGCGACAGCCAGGUUUAAAGAAUGUUUGA